CUUUCUGUGAAGCUCCUCCCCAUCAGUCCUGCUAUAAACACUGCAAUAUUUCCAUCAGUCUACAAGACGAGCAGCAGACCAUCAGGUAGGCGUGAAAUCUGCAAAGAUGAAGGAAGUUGAGAACAUGAGUGAUCCAAAACCCUGCACAACUGAAGAUGAAGAGACUGAAAAAGAAACAGACUUUAUUGAAGACGAUAAGAGUGAGGAUGACAAACCUGUAAACGCUGACAAAAUGCCCCAUUUACUGACUGAAGGUACUUUUUUAAUUAAAAGAAAAGACAAGAAUUGUUUCACCUGCAGUCAGUGUGGAAAGAGUUUGGGACGUAAAAGUUCUCUUGAAAUUCACAUGAGGAUCCACACUGGAGAGAAACCAUACACAUGUGCUAUGUGUGGGAAGAGUUUUAGACAAUCAUCUUCCCUUACUCAACACAUGAUUAUUCACACUGGAGAGAGACCGUACACAUGUACUCAGUGUGGGAAGAGUUUUAGACAAUCAUCAAACCUUACUCUACACAUGACUAUUCACACUGGAGAGAGACCGUACACAUGUACUCAGUGUGGGAAGAGUUUCAUAAACUCAUCAUACCUUAAUAAUCACAGGUUGAUCCACACUGGAGAGAGAUCACACAAAUGUGAUCAAUGCGGUAAAUCAUUUUUGAGAGCUGCAUAUCUGAAGGCUCAUCUUAGAGUUCAUACGAAGGAGAAGCCUUAUUCAUGUUCUGUGUGUGGAAAGAGUUUUUCAAGGCAGUCAUAUUUAAGAGGACAUCAGAAGAUUCACACUGGUGUGAAAGAGUAUAUGUGCUUUGAGUGUGAGAAGACUUUUAUUAGUGCUGAACACUUGAAAAGGCACCAGAGGAUUCACACUGGAGAGAAACCUUACAAGUGUUCACACUGCGACAAGAGAUUCAAUCGAUUAGAAAGUCUGAAAAUACAUGAGACGAUUCACACUGGAGAGAAAUCUUACAAGUGUUCACUCUGCGACAAGAGAUUCAAUAAGUUAUCAAUUCUGAAAAUACAUGAGAGGAUUCACACCGGAGAGAAACCAUACACAUGUACUCAGUGUGGGAAGAGUUUUAGACAAUCAUCAAACCUUACUCUACACAUGACUAUUCACACUGGAGAGAGACCGUACACAUGUACUCGGUGUGGGAUAAGUUUUAGACAAUCAUCAAACCUUAAGAAACACAUGUUGAUCCACAGUGGAGAGAAAACACACAAAUGUGAUCAAUGCGGUAAAACAUUUUUGACAGCUGCAUAUGUGAAGAUCCAUCUUCGAGUUCAUACGAAGGAGAAGCCUUAUUCAUGUUCUGUGUGUGGAAAGAGUUUUUCAACAGAGUUAAGUUUAAGAGGACAUCAGAAGAUCCACAUUGAUGUGAAGGAGUAUAUGUGCUUUGAGUGUGAUAAAACUUUUCUUAGAGCUCAUCAAUUGAAAAGGCACCAGAUGAUUCACACAGGAGAGAAACCUUACAAGUGUUCACACUGCGAAAAGAGAUUCAAUCGAUUAGAAAGUCAGAAAUCACAUGAGAUGAUUCACACUGGAGAGAAACUGUUCAAGUGUUCACACUGCGACAAGAGAUUCAGUCAGUUACAAAACCAGAAAAUACAUGAGAGGAUUCACACUGGAGAGAAACCGUACACAUGUACUCAGUGUGGGAAGAGUUAUGGACGAUCAGCAUCCCUUAAUAAUCACAUGUUGAUCCACACUGGAGUGAAAACACACAAAUGUGAUCAAUGCGGUAAAUCAUUUUUGGCAGCUACACGGCUAAAGACUCAUCUUAGAUUUCAUACAAAGGAGAAGCCUUAUUUGUGUCCUGUGUGUGGAAAGAGGUUUGCACAGAAUACAUAUUUAAGCGAACACCAGAAGACUCACACUGGUGUGAAAGAGUAUAUGUGCUUUGAGUGUGAGAAGACUUUUAUUAGUGCUCAACAUUUGAAAAGGCACCAGAUGAUUCACACUGGAGAGAAACCUUACAAGUGUUCACACUGCGACAAGGGAUUCAAUCAGUUAAAAAUCCUGAAAAAACAUAAGGAUUCACACAAGAAAACAAGUACACAUUUGAUCAGUGUCUGAGGUGUUUAUCUGUCGCACCUUAGCCCUUUAACUGCCCCACCAAGAAAAAAAAAAUUGGAUUGCAACUCCUAAUGUGGCUAGUAAACACACUCAAUGUAUUUUUUUCAAUAC